AAACGGCGUGGCGCUUGCGAGUCGCGACUCCAGUGUCUUUCCGGACGCCACACGUUCGAGACACGCACGCGAGUUUCCCUCUCCCUUUCUCUCUCUCUUUCUCUCUUUCUCUAGCCUCUUCCUCCCUCUCUCCCUCUCUCCACCCCCUCUCUCCUCCCUUCUCGCCCCCCCUACGCGAUCCUCUCGCUCUCUCCUCGCGACUUCUCGUCCGGAUCUCCGUUCCUCUCUAUCUUCCUCGUUGCGUCUUUCCUCGUGCUGUCUCUCCGCGCUCACCUCCAGGACGACGUCGAAGCACGUCGUGCCCUGCCUCCUCUCGCCGGGCACGGAGCGGGACCAAUAGGAGCGCCGCUUCCGGCAACGACGACGCUCCAAUCGGCACACGGCGCCGACGGAUAGACGCUGACGAGCGGCGAUUUUGACAGUCGACACUGUGCUACUCUCGGCGCUCGCGGUUUAAUCGGCGCACUGGGACUUACUGGUAUACUAGUGAUUCGAUUCGACUCGAGUCCGGGAUUCGGGAAUCGGAGCAGUGCCCUCCGGAGCGUGAAUCCUUCCGUCCGGGUCGUCGUCUUCGCGAGCUCGCCAAAGUGUUUUUCUCCAUUCAUUGGAAAUAUUGCAUUUUUUUUUCGGUGACUUACGAUCUCGUUUUUUCCUUCCUUUUCCGAUCUACUGGUGAGUGCAAUAAGGAAGAUUUCUUCGCGCGUCGAUUUUCUUGGCGAUAACAGCAGGAAGAUCGAUAACGAUCAUCCGAUCGAAGAGAAACGUUCGUAUCCAAAAUUCGCGGGGAUAAUUUCAUUAAACAGAUACACAAUCGAGCGUGCGGAACCGAGAUUCGUAAAAUAGACCUUUCGCAAGUCUUCUCGCUUUCGAUAUUCGGAGAUAAAUGCUAAAUUUGUCGCGAUUCAACGCGCCUCGUUCCUAAAGAACGAAUCUAUUCGGAAACGGAGGCCUCGGUGAACAAUCGAUCGCAUAAUUAAUAAAUUCUCUCACCGAAAGACGCACGGAUAUCGUCUCGCUUCUCGCAUCGCGAAUAUCCCCCCCCCCCCGGCAGCGGAGCGUCGUCCGCUCCGAUACAAGUGAAAGGAAUCUCACGGAGGACUCGUCGCUUAUCCGCGCUGGACAUUGCGGGCGCGGGCGGGGGAGGGCAAGGGGGGAAAGGGGGGGAAAGGGGGUGCCGCGAGAAGUAAUUAGAUGCGCGCGUGAGGUAAUCGGAUGAGCUGCGCGAUGGAGUAUCAGCAAUUGGCGCCGCCGCCGGUACCAGCCGGGGUGCUGCACGCCCAGGCGCAUCAUCCUCCCCAAUCUCAGCAUCAGCAGCAGCCGGUGCAGCCGCCGCAGCAUCCGCACAUCGUGGUCGCGCCGGCUCAUCAACAGCAAUCCCAGCAACCGCCGCCGCCACCCCUGCCGCCGACCCCGCACGGCCACCCAGUGCACCCGCCGCUACCGCCCAUCCACGACGACAGCACCAGUUCCAGGUGGACCCAGUACCAGCACUUGUGGAGGCAGCAUCAUGUUUACAUGAACGGGAAACAGGGCAAAGAUGGACCAGAGGAAAAGAAGGAUGCCGAUGGCGAACUUUGGGGCAACGUGGAAGCGCAGGCCGCCUUCCUCGGGCCAACUCUCUGGGACAAAAGUCUGCCCUAUGAUGCCGACCUGAAGGUAUUAAACCAUUACGUCGAUCUCGACGAGUUUCUUUCCGAAAACGGUAUUCCCGUCGACGGCGUGGCUGGUGGUGGACAAGGUGCCAUGCAGGGUAGCCAGCUCCAUAAAAUCAACAAUACCGAGGCCGCCGGACACCAGGGACCAGCGGGUCUCCACUUGGAACCAGUCACUAAACGCGAGAGGUCACCAUCGCCGAGCGAAUGCUGUUCGCCAGACACCCUGAACCCACCCUCUCCCGCGGAUUCCAAUUCCGAGGACUCGUCACGAAUACAAUAUGGCUUGUCUCUUGUAGCGCUCUCGAUGGCCUCAUCGGGGCGAGACUUCGAUCCACGUACCCGGGCCUUCUCCGACGAGGAGCUCAAACCUCAACCUAUGAUCAAGAAAUCGCGGAAACAGUUCGUUCCGGAUGACUUGAAGGAUGACAAAUACUGGGCGCGUCGUAGGAAGAACAACAUGGCAGCGAAACGAUCGCGAGACGCGCGCCGCAUGAAGGAGAACCAGAUAGCACUCAGGGCCGGCUUCCUCGAGAAAGAGUUCCUUUUUUUCCGCAAAUACCCAAUGAAGAAUCAAAAUGCAACAUUCAUCGUUCUCAUGCACAUACAAGAGAAAGAUUUAAUCGAAUCUUCACUUCUCGCUUCAUUUGCAGAACAUGGGUCUGCGACAGGAGCUGGACCGGUUAAAAAACGAGAACAUGUUGCUGCGCGACAAACUGAGCAAGUACACGGACGUCUAACAUCCCGUCCUCGGUCAUGCAUCAGCUCGAGCGAUACACGAAGAAAGAGAGAGACAUAAAGAGAAAAAGAAAGAGACAGAAAGAGAGAGAGAGAGAAACGGAGAAAGAGAGAAGAAAAACACGAGGGUGUAUAACACCACAGCUGCAACCCCCUCGCUUAUAGUCGCAGCACAUAGCAGUCUUCGCGUCUUUACGGAGAAGCCAAGAGAAUGCAGAGCACAUUGACGAAUAUACCAACUCCCCGACUGCCGCCGUCCUAGAGAGCCGACAAAUGAAAAAUCUUUGAAAAGACACCUUUAUUUUCUAUCUUUCUCUCCUCUCCUCUUUCUCGCUCUCUCUCUCUUUCUUACUUUCGCGAAUAAAAAUCUUGUCGAGUCCUCGCUCCUUGUCCCGCUCUAGAGGAACCUCCUUCUCUUGUAAAUAGUUAUAUGUAUAGUUAGAUUAUAUACACACACACAUAUACAAAUACACACAUACAUUUGCGUGCGCGCGUUAUAUACGGAUAUAUAUAUAUAUAUAUAUAUAUAUAUAUAUAUAUAUAUACAGAUACAUAUACACAUACAUACAUACACAAAUAUCUGCAUCUGAGGAAGGAGAUCAUAAUGUCACAUAAAUUCGCGGAUGCAGCGUUCGACGAGAUACGCCGAUUUCGCGACCAGCCGAGUCUCUCUAAAUUCUUAUUGUACCAUAUUCCAAAGAAAUUGAAUUACGACGAGGAUCAGCUGUCUAAUAACACAUAAAAUUCGAGAUCGUACCCCUUAUUCGGCGACGAAAAAGCGAAUCUCGUCGGCGUUAAGCACUGCCACACGUAAAAGAGCUAUACCAUUUAAAUCGACAUGGAGCGGAGGCGAGCGAAGGCUGGGAGAAUACGACGCUUUUCCGCGCACGGAUUAAUUAUCCUGGUUCUCCGAAAAUGCGUUAAUUACUGUAGCGUAUCCCACGUGGUGAUGGUACACAAGUGAUUCUAGUUGUUUUAAUCGUAAGAUAGAUGAUAUAUACGUGUUUUUGUUUUUUUCAACGCUUCUUUUCUUUCUCUCUUUCUCUCUCUUUCUCUCAUUUAUUCGCUCACUAUCGAUCUACCUAUCUAUCUCUAUUUUAGCGUGUAGGGAACCAAUCCGGCCACGCGAGGAGUGCGCGAAAGGCGUCGCGACGCGACUCCAUUCUUUUCUUCUUUCGUAAAAUCGCCCAACACGUCGGCGGCUCGGGAUGCGAACAAUGAACGGGCCCAUCCCAAGAUAUCCUUCUGCCGCGUAGCGAACAAAUUUUGUACAGGAUGCCCUCUUGUAAAAUAUAUUUUAAGAUGCAUUGAGUCAUCCUGACAAGCGACGAUUACGCGCUGUAUCUUUGAUAGACUUCAACGCGGGGCUAGAAAGAGAGAGUGAAUGGAAUGAAACGUAUUGUGUCCGACGAUCGAAUCGCGUAGUCUCUAAAACAGAUAGCUGCGUGCAUCGUCGACGUUAAUCGUAGGCGUCGUCGUAGGUAAAAAGAAAAAAAUUUUUACAUGUUACACGACACGAGAAUACGAACCAUCGUGUGCUUAAACGCAAGCUAGUUGCACGGGUUCGCGUGUGCACUAGCUCCUUUCCUUCCCGCCCCUCUUCUCUUUUUAAGUUUUUAGAUGUUUAUUUUUCUAUCACCGUAAGAGAUCUCGGUGAUCGAGAGAGCAAAAAACCGACUAGGAGACAUGCGCUUUUUUUGCGAAACAAUUAUAUAAUGAGAAUCUAUAUUGUACAGAAUCUAUAUUGAUCAAUGCGAGAUCGGGAACAAUAUCUGGAACGGGAGCUAAUUCUUCUCGUUACAAAAUUUAAUGAUAAAAAUCGAAUAUAUACAGUGCGUUUCAAACAUUUACAGCAGCGUGAAUUCGGCAAUUGAAAUAACGAGCGGAAUUUGUAAUUUAAUCGCUAUUAAAUUUGAGAGUAAUUAUAUACAAAUGACGGGAUGACACUUUCAGUUUCAUUUGACGUUUGGAUGUACCGGUGAUACGUAAUGGCCUUGUUUUCUUCUCAUACGAUGCACAAGCGCGAAACGCGAACGUUUUGUACAUAUAUCCUUUUAUCGGCCAGGAGGAUACAACAGAUCGUAUAAUGAGAUUUUAAUUCGACUUCGCGUUUGAUCGACGGCGAACCCGCUUUAGAUAUCGCAGAAUAUGAUGAUUUCGCGCGCAAAAAUAUACCGUUUUAUUCUCGUUAUCCUCGUUCUUUGGAACGUAUUAUAGAUAUUCAUUUACUAUUCAUUUACUAUAUUAUUUAUCAUAUAUAUUUUUACUAUACAUGUUCGUUAUAUACGUAUAAAAUUGUAUACGUAAUUUUAUCGGAGUGUAGAAUUUAUUUUAUAGAUAUAUAUAUGUAAUAUAGAUCAUUGUACGUUCAUGCGCGAACGCAUUGAUCUCAUUGUUGAUUGAUGAUUUAUCGUCAUUAAAAUGAUUUGUCGAAAGUCGCGCGCGAAAUCAUUUCAUUACAAUUCUCCACGAUUGCCUUGCACAUUUUGACAGAGAAUAUACUGCGCAUAUAUGACGAUGAAUUCAACAAGCGAUGAAUUAUUGAAUCGAUAUCUUGCGUCGACAGAUUUAGCGAAUGUCUUCACCGAUCUAGGAUCGUAUAUAAUUUCGGUAGCGGCACAAAAUUUUACUUUUCAGAAAUCGUUAUUAUCGUAAAUUAGCAUUAUCUGAUAAGAUAAUCAUUGCAUGGCUUUUAAUUCCGACGCAAUGAGUUAAAGAGAAGAAAUUAGUAUGAUAUUGCGGCGUGUGAAAGCGUAAUAGCGAGAAUGAAAUUUCGCGUUUGAUUGUAUACGAAAUUUCUCACGUCAUUCUUAUAAAGGAUAUAUCGUAGAUUGCAAGAAAAUUUUUUUAAUUAUUUGCAAUAUCUACUUGAAGAUUAACGCGAGCCAAUAUCAAGUUCAUGCGACAUGUGUUCUGCUUUUUACGCAUGCUCGUCAUCAUUAAGGGCAAUAAGAAAUUUUGAAAGAGAGAAAAACGAUUUUUUUUGGUACGUACAUUUAUACAUAAAAUACGAUUUUUAAGUAUCUAAAAUAAUUUUUUGUCAUGAACAGGAAACAAGAUAUUAAUAUAAAUCGAAUUUAUUUUCCUAUCAGACACCGGCCCGGCGCCAUUAAUGAUGCUGAAUGUGCGAUAUAAUGUGGAUCUCGGCACAAGUUACUGGCCUAUAAAAAGCGCAUUAGCAUGAUUGACACUGCAAUCCGAUGAUAGUAAUAAAUAAAAUAGUAGAAAGUUAUAUAUAGCAAGCGCGACAGACGCGGCCGCCGGCUUUGCUCCAAAUAGAAUGGUAAGAAAAUGAGAUAGAGGACACAGCCGCGUCUUCGAUAUAAAUAAUCGUCCGAUCCAUUUAAACAAAAUAUGGAAAACAUGAAAAGAAUUAGAUAUGACCACCAACAUAAGAAACCUAUUGUAUCACAUUUCGAGAAAUAUAUGUAUUUGUUAUUGUUUUAAUUGAA